AUGAAUGACGAUGGAGAUAGACCUCAAUUGAAAGCCAGGCUGUGGGUUCACGUGGAAGAACGACUACAACAGGUGUUGUCUUCUGAGGACGUGAAAUACACACCGAAAUUCAUCAACUCAUUGCUAGAGUUAGCAUAUCUACAAUUGGGUGAGAUGGGGAGCGAUUUGCAGGCAUUUGCUGAGCAUGCUGGUAGGGAUGUGGUCAACGACAGUGACCUCAUGCUGUAUUUGAGGAAGCAGCCAGACUUGCAAGAAAAAGUCAUUCAAGAGGAAUGA